GAGCAGGCAGCGAGGCAAGUCCGCCCCUCGCUUUGGGCCUUCCCCUGCUCACCUGCCCGGCUCUAGCCCGCUCACGCCGCCCCCGCUUUUGUUUACGCUGACGGCCGCUAUUCCUGAAGGACCUUUGCGGGCCGCUUCCGACAGAUCUCUGAAGCAAAUAUAGACUGAAUUUUCAAGAAGCCUUUGCUUUUCCUUUCAAGCAACAUGAAUUGGUUACAACUAAAUGAAGACCUGAGCUUGAAGAGGUUUAUAAAUGAUUCAGGGUGUCCAGAAAACCUCAAAUAUGACUUUAACAAAAACGGUGAACUCAGACAUGAAGAUACCAAUGAACCUUUUAUUUUUAAUUAUUACCAUUCUUAUAAUGGCAAUCACAAACGCUAUCAAAUUCUUGGAUAUUCGAUUACUCAGUAUAUAUAUGAACUUCUGGAAAAGGCUUUUAAGCUGCAAAAGACUUAUAUCCCAAUAGAUGCUCCGGUCAGUAACCUUUGCACUUUCUUUUUUAUGAGUGAGAAUGCAUUAACAAAUUGCUCCACUCUAGUUGUCCUUCUUCAAGACCAAGGACCAUCUCGUGCGGGUCAGUGGGGACAGAAGACCAUAAUUCAUGAAGGUCUCCAACACGGAUCUCAAAUACCAUUCAUUGCAAUGGCUCUGCAGUGCUCUUGGGGUGUGAUUGUUUUAAACCCCAAUGACAAUUUCAUUGAUCUAAAAAUGGAAUCCAAAAUCCCAGACUUCUCUGAGGAAGAUUCUGCCUCUUCUCUGCAGUUACCUUGGGUAAUCCCAAAGAGGUGCAGCAAAAGCCCUGAAGAACAUACAACAUAUGUUUGGGACCACUUCAUUUCAAAAACCACAGCUAGAAAUGUGGCUUUCAUUGCCCAUGGCUAUGGGGGAUUGGUUUUCGUCAACUUGCUUAGGCAGAGAUCUUUAGAGGUGAUGAACAAAGUAUAUGCUGUUGCGCUUAUUGAUUCCAAACACCACAUAAUGCACCAGACGCAAGGUGAUUCCCAGCUGCAGGAAUGGAUACAGAGACACUGUCGAAAGUGGGUAGCAGACAGUAAGCCUUUGGAUAAGACAGUUGGCUGCUUUAUGAAAGUCGAUUGCCCUAGUGUUUCUGCAGGAACUGAAAAAUACAGCUUGGUGCCUUCUUUUAGUCUACAGUCCAUCUUCAAGUAUUUAAAAAAUAAACUGAAAGUUGGCAGUAGAAAACGUUUUGUUCGUUCGCCUAUUGCAACAAGGAGCAGAAAAGUAAUGAAAAUGUAAGAGUGUAUGUGAUUUAUGCCUGUUUUUCUUCUUCUGCGGAAGAUGUACACUGCCAUAGACUCCUCAAGCCCAUUUGCAAUGCAUAUUUUAUUUAAGUAUGGGAAACUACUUAUUUUGAGGAGGUUUGGUUAUAACUAAGUUAUGAAAUAUCUAAUUCUGAAUUACAGUUGUUUAUGUUCUAUUUCAGUUGAGUGUAUUUCGAAAUGUAGCAUUCCUUUGUACUUAACAUAUUACAAAACACUGUGUCAAGAACCUCAAAAACAGCACUCGUCCUUUCAACUCGCACUGAUAUGAGAUUGUCAUUCUGUAUGAAUAUAUCAAUAUAUGACAGUAAUAGAUGCAAAACACUGGGUCUGAAAAGUUUGUGAACUGCAUGAUUUACAUGAUUGUGGUUUUGGACAUAAUGUGUUCAUUGAAUUGCCUGGAACUAAUUUUGUUUUAAUAGGAUACACAACCAGUAGAAUUAUUUCUAUAUAUACCAACAAAUACCCCUAUUGCAGUUUUCCUGAUUAAAACUAGUAAGUAUAUUGCAAUCCUGAACAAGUGAAAUUAGAGAUUCAUCAACUUACUUAUGUACAUAACUUUAUUCAGAGAAUGAACAAAUGACAGAAUGUCUGUCCCCCUGGAAGAUGAUCAAUAUGAUCCUCAGGAUAAAUAAAUAUAAAUAUAUUCCUUCAAAGGUGAUAAAACAUUCAAUAAAGACUUGAAUAAGCA